GCCCGAGUGCGCGGGCCCAGUGUCGUUCCGAGUGGCGAAGGGAGCCGAGAGUCUAUGCUGGUUCCCCGCUUGCCGUGUGUGUGAGAGAUAGGACGGGACUGCGCGAUUACGGAGAGAACGCCCCUUCUUUUUUGCUCGGAGGCGCGAGAUUAUCGAGUUGCUUGUGAAUGACGGGCGUCUACGGAGCCGUGGCGAGAAGCAGGGGCGUGUUUGUGGCUAUGAGUGUUCCUGAGAGCAACUUAAAGGGCGAGCGGCGAGGCCACGAGGAGUGCGGGCCCGCGGCUGCCUCACUGGACGGGCCCGGCGUGUGAAUGGCGAGCCUGCACCAGUGAAAGUCGUAUGUCAGCUCCCCACCUAGAAAGUGGCUGGACGUGUUCCUGGUCCCCCCGGGGAGAGCGCACGCGGCCGCACCUGUCGUCUUGUGCGUACGCUACACCUGCAGUCCCGGUCGUCACGUGCCAUCUGUCCGGACGGGGUUGGUGUCACGCCUGAAUGGAAGGAGCGGGCGUUCGUGGCGUGCAGUUCGCGAUUUUCCAGCGUUAAUACGCGGAGUACGUGUAAUACACAGGUGCCCCUUCUCCUGCAUGUGUCCAGCUACACGUGUUUCUCACCGUCUGCACGUAGCGAGCUACACGUGUUUGACUCCGCCUUCACGUACCGGUUGACUAAAGGAAAUCUACCCUUUUGGAAUGUUAUCAGGGAGAUUACUUCUGAUUUGUGUGGGAUACUGCUCGACGAUGUGAAUUUGACUGAUAACAUAAUUAUCUUAUCUUAUCAAAAGAAUUACAAUCAAUAACUGUGUUAGUGUGAGUGUGUUGUCAGCAAGAGCAGACGUGGCACUGCAGCUCCGUCUUUACUAGAGUGCAACCAAAAAUCGAGCCUCCAGUGUGCUUCAUCUCGGUGAUCAACAGCGUGGCACUUGAAAGUGUGGCACCAGGCACUGUCGAGAGUACCAAAAGAGUGCGGGGAAGUAGUUACUUGAUGUGGUUAUCUGCAGUGUAAGUCAAGACGGUGCCGCGUGUGUGUGUGGUGUUGGGAGAGCCUAAACGCCCCCCUUUGCUCGACGGUGCUGCCACAAGGGGCGGCUCAGCGGUCCUCGUCUUUACUCUGUGUCCCAACACCGCCUGUCACGGACCUCGGGAACUGUGACGGAGCACUCAUCUGGAGAAAUCACACUAGCAUCACAGUGCGCAGCUGGACCGCGUGAGACGUGGAUGUUUGUCCUGAGGACGUGGCUCUGCAGGGAUGUCUGUGAAAUAAAGUCUUGAAGGUGACGCCUAAUCCCUGUGGCACGGCGCUGCAGGGCUAUCGAGUGCGGAUUCGGUGAAGUGUCGCUAGGAAUAUGCAAGUGUCGACAGGAUACGCGCAGUGCUAAAUAUAUUCGCGAGUGUUUCGUGGAUUUCCUAGAGCGAGAGCGUGCGGGAGUGUUGCGGCGCUCUGCAGGAGUAGCGAGGACCUGCGGGAGUAUUGUGCCGCAGCCACGGGAGUCAGCCACUGUGACCACUGACCCAUAUUCUGGUGCCGUCUGCCGGUGCACCAAGUGGUACGUGUUCACGCUCGGCUGGAAUCACACGGCAUACACCCACGCAUUGCAAGUCCAGGCCUUCCGUCCUCGACUGGCACCGCGACGGGCACGAGGGCCAGCCUGUGCCCGCCGAGUGCCAGCCGUGACCGCGCGGGCGCUCAUGGCAUGACGGGCGCCAGGCAACAAGUGGGUGGCGGGACCAGGACCCGCUCUGACCUGUGAUCCAUGAGUGAAUGACAUGCAUCCAGGCUUGCUAACUGACGCCCCCGCUAUGGCCACACAACUCCAGGCCGUCUACGACCCCCGCCCGCCCACGCCGCCCACAUCCCCGCCGCCGCUGGACGAUGGCCUCGUCGAGAGCGGCGUGAGGCUGCCGGCGGGCGUGUGCAAGGCGGCCGAGGUGAGCCGCAGGACCAUCUCGGAGGAAACGCGCCUCUCGCUCAGGGACAUACACUUUAUCGACAGUUCCUCGGGUUCCGAGGACGACGGGGGCGAGUGUGGGCGCCGUGAUCGCGGCGAGAGUGCGUGCGAGGGCGGCGAGGAGGCUGGCAGGGAAGACGCCGUAUUGAUCCGUGACGAGGUGUGCGCAGCGGAGGGGGACUCCGCCAGUGCUUCGGUGGGAGGUGACGAGCACACAGCAGCGCCGCGCCGCUCCCGCAGCCAUGACGGAGGCCGGCCAGCUGCGGUCAGUGCGCCACCCAGUGAGUGUGUAAUGCAACAUAAGUGCGGUGCGGCGCCGCCCCCGGACACAGGUGAGGGCGCCGCGCCUCAGGCCCUCAUGGCGGCAUCCGACGCUGCCCAUCAGCAGCCUGCAGGCUCGGGAAGUGCCAUGGUCACUACGAGCUCCAGCGGCGCCCCUCUGCGCUCGGCCCUUAAGCGGGCAGGCCAGAGGAGCAAGGGGCAUCGCGUCAGCAUAAAUGAGGCCAAAAAUGAGUGUUUGGAGGCCGACUAUGUGAUUCUGGUGCAUGAGGAAAAUGAACCUCAACUUGUGUCGAUUAGGUCGUUCGACCUGAGCCUCCUGCCGGGCUCGGGGGACGUGGAGCAGCUCACCCUCUCGCCGCCCGAAGGAUACAAGGACUGCUUCAGCCACGCCGUGCACGAGACCAUCGUCGACGACUCAGGUACGCUGAGAUGCUCCAUCGCUACACUGCCUUGCCUGCGAUUCGCUUUCUUCAAGGAACAGCACAGGACAAUAAGAUUCUUCUCAGGUGUGUGCGACCUCACGGACAGCGUGGCCCGGCCUCCCUCCUCCCGGGCCCCAGACACGGAGUCCGGGAGCGGUGAUGGUAUCGUGGACCCCGAGGCUCCGAGACCUCACCUGCCAGACCUGGUCACCCACCAGACGCCGCACACGCAGUUGACAGUGGAGAAUGUGCGGCACCAUGACCAGUUGAUGCAGGGGAAGGACACCGAUUCUUCCGACCCGAAAGUGGCCAAGACCGGCAUUCUCAAGGGAGGGAAACUCUGGAAGAACGGCGACGGCAAGAGGAGCAGAGCCAAGGUCGAAGUCGAAGAAGUGGAGGAGCCGAGACGUUCCGUGAGGUUCUCCGGGCGGGAUGAGUACAGCCUGCUAGAGAACCUGCCGCUCGACAAGAUUCCGUUGGAUGCUGCGAACUCGGCGGCGCUAGCCAAGUUCAUGCCGAAGUUGAGGGAGCUCGGGAUGCUGCUCGGGGAGUCGCAGGAGGACUGGCACGUGGAGCUGAGUCCCCUGAACCAAGAAAUGGGAGUUGGAGCUGCCGUCCCAGGCACUGAGCCGUUGCCCGAGGAGCAAGAGAAGCAGCCUCCGCCGCAGAUGGAUGAUGAACAAAUCAGCGAGUCGAUGAAACGCUACGAGGAAAUGCGGCGUCGCAUCGCCGUGGCGGAGGGCCGCGACAACACCAGCGUCUGCAGCGACGAGUCCAAGAGCUCGUCGGAUUCGCAGUCGUCAGAUUCCACCAUGACAGAGACCAGAAUAAGAAGACUGGAGAACUCGGAUGUCGCCCACGUUGCCGGCGGCGUGAUGAGGAGCAACAGCGAGGUGAGGAGAGCCAUCGAGCGCAACGCCCUCCGGAGAUCCCUCAUCCGAUUCUCCGAGGCGCGCAAGAAGGACACCAACAAGAAUGAGAGGAAUGAGAAGGGCGAAACGUCGCUGCUGGAGAAGCUGAAAUGGCUGACAGCCUCGGAAGACGCGACCAAUGGGAAUAAUGAGGACAGAGAGGGCGAGGACGGCGAGGAUGCGAAGACCGAGCAAGAGAAGCCGAAGGAGGUGGACCCGAAGGUACAGGAAACCAUUGCUCAAUACCGGAAGCUCGCCGAAAUGUUUAACAAGACGACGUCACUUCGAGCAAAUGACAUCUUGGUUCCAGGAGACGUCCGCGAAUGGAAGCUGCAGGCCGAUUUGUUCCCUGAGAAAAAAGACACUUCCAUCGAAAAGGAACCGGAAGAGAUGAGCGAUGCUCCUUCGGGCUCCACGACGCCCACCGUGUUCAAGGCUAUCCCCGCGGUGUCGCUUGCUGAUCUCAUCACUGAUGAAGAAAAUGACAAGCUAAUAUACAGUGGCGGCGUGAGGUACACUCGCGAAGGAACGUUGCCAGCUGCAGAAGAAGGUGGAGAGGAACAGGAGGAAGGAGAGCAACAGGAAUCUUCAUCCACCUCGUCGGUAGCAGAUGCCAGAAAGCAAUUCCUUUCGCAGAUGGCAAACCAUCCAUCAGUGCCACUUGUUAAUGGAGUAGCCACUCACUCACGAGACAGGUCAUCCAUUGCCUCAAAUUCUGAUUCAUAUACAUUUGAUGACAUUGACGAAGCCUUGCACGAUGACCGCUCCUCCUCGGUACCUUCCUCCUCGCAGUCGUCCCCCCGGCUGUCUGGCAGGAGCGAUGUCGAUGGGACGAGCACCACCGAGAGCGGGUACAGCAGCAAUGAGACAAACGGGGAGCUCUGUCCUGUCAACGGAUUGCCAAUGACAGGAGCACAACUUCUUGGAUUACCUGCAAGUGGCAUUGACAUAGAUGAAUUGGCAGAAUUUGUCCGGCAGGAUGCUGGAAGGAUUGAGCGUCUUCGCAGGAGGUAUGACGCUGGGGAAGUGGAGGAUCAUGGCUUUAAUCGGCGGCCGUCAGUAAGAGGGAUCAAACCAAGGUUUGGCUCUACCACAGAUUUACUGAAGCAGAUGGCUACACAACUGGCUCCACCAGCGAUGGCUCAGCCAGGUAUGGCAGGAUCCCAUAUGACUUGGCCAUACAGAGAAAGUGGAGAGGAGGACGGUUCUGUUCCUCAGAGGCGGAGAGCAGCUCCAAACAGAGCAGUUCUUCCAGCACUGCAAGAAGAUAUACUGUAUGUGCCUACAUCUGACCUUUCUCCACAAGCAGCUCCACCGUCAGUAUCCACAGCUGUAGCCACCCCCACUUCACUCACGCACACAAAGACUCCACGUGUGGUCCAUGUCUACUCUAGCACAGGUGACCUAAGAGCUCCACCGCCACCUCGGCUGAUCGCUCCAAGAGAGUCUCCUCCUCCAGACUUGAUUCGCCCCGGGGCCACUCCAGCUCCACCUCGUGCUCACAGCCAUGUACCAAUGCCACAUCAUGGCUCUGUGCAGAGUCUGGGCAUGCCUCCGCAAAUGCCAGCACCAAAUGUACACGACCAUCAUUAUCAAACUUGCAGAAGACCUGCAUCCGUGCAUGGUCAUGUGCCAGCUGAUGCUCUUGUGACGAGGGGAGUACUUCCUCCGCCUGUUGCACGUCCUCAUUCCACACUCUCUCACUAUCCUCCUCCGCGUGUCCCCGCUCAUUAUCACCCCUAUGAAGAGCCUCCACUUCAGCGUGCUCCAUAUGAUGGUGGACAUCCACCUCUGGCUCAGCGUGGAUCUUACCCGGGUACAAUACCUCCUCCACAGUAUCAUCAACAGAUGCUUCAACCAGAUCUGGGAAGAUACCCCAGUCCUCCCAGUUAUGGAUCACAACACCCACAUUCACGUCCUCCAGUAGCCUCACCACGAGAAGGGGUGCCUUACUCACGCACACCACAUCCACAGGCACACCCUCUUCCUCAGGUAUCUCCUAUAGCCCCAGGACCAGUCCAGGUGCACCAGUGUGGCCCAAGACACCCUCCACCACCGAGAAUGGUGGGUGGGACAGUGACUGAACAAGCUUGUUCAACCGUAUGGUCACAUCAUCCACCACCACCCCACAUUCACCAAAGCUACCCACCUCACCCAGUGUCUAGUCACCUGAGUUACACCACACCUAUUGUGCCCGAAAGUGGUAUAUCUGUCAGGCCAAGCGGAGCUGUCAUUGGUCCUCCUAUAGGUCCUCCCAUUGGGCCGCCUCUCAUUAAUGGGAAUGUCGGGAAACUAGAAGGCCUGAGAGAUGAGCGGGGGGUCCCAGAGGGAGCAUCAUCAUCUCCACGAGGUCCAAUAGACCCCCAGUAUCCUCCUUCUCACACUUCUCCAACCCAUGAAACAAACAUCCUUCACAGGCAUCCCCCACCACCGAUGAACAUGACCUGAGAGAUUCCUGAUCGUUCUGGUUUCUGAGUUGCCCUGUGCAGUCAAAUUGUUGCCUAGCUAAGUUCGAGUCUUGGCACCAGGCUGAAUUUCAUCCCGGUACUGGCUGGUCCAGCCCGGAACACAAGGCUAUGAACCAGAGGGACCUAAGGCACUGUUGAGAGACUUUGAUCAAAUAAAAAUGCUCAUUAAUUGAACUUCUAUAAAAUAUUCUUUUGUAGUUUAAAAGUGUAGGAUAACCAUGUACUCCUUCGUGUUGGCACAUGUUCUGACAUUGUCUUCCCAGGUGAUCUAUGACAUGCUAUAAUGUUGCCAAAUGGUUUGUGACCAAAAUGCCAAAAUUGUUGACAGCAUACAGAUUUUACGGUACUUGAAGCUAUUUUAUUACAAACGUGAUGGGAAAGGACAAUCCUAGUUCAUUUUUUUCUUACCCUAAUAACUUAAUGUACUUUAUAUAAUGUUUCCUGUAGGGUGCAUGUGAUAAGAUGUAGGUGUUCUUUAAAAUUGUUGUGGAUGGAAGAAAUUUUGUAUAAUGGAUUGUGAAGUCUUGCUCAUGAGGCAAAUGAAUGUUGAGACAUCUUUUUAUCAGUGGUCCCAGGUGCAGUGAUAUACAUAAUUUUGUUAUUAUUAUUUUUUUUAUUUUUUUAUUUUUUGCUUUUUUGGUAGAUUUAAGUGACAUAUAAUAUACAUAUAGCCCUGUCAAAUGUAUAAUAAUGGGUACCAAGUAUUUCAUAAUUCUAUAUUUCAGCAGUCAGACAUAAUGAUAUAUAAUAUUUAGAUACGUAUAUGAGGUUUUUGUACCUUAUAGAGAGAGAAAAUAAUGUUUUUGAUAGUUUGAAUUAACUGUUUUUGCUUACAUAUUUAGUAAGUUAGGUCAGGUCAAAUAUGUGAAAUAUUUUUUUUAGGUAUAGAUAUUUCCAGUUCAAGUUAUCAAACAAUUGCAGCUUAAAUAACAUCAUCUUAUUUUCUCCUGAUUUUACACAUAUUGCAGUAUACUUUUCAUAAAUCUGACAUUUUCUCGGAAGAGAAAAUGUCUUGAUAAAGGUCUGUUUCACUCUUUAGCAUGUUACUGGUUAUUAGCUUUAAUGAUUUCAUCACCAUUCAAAACGGCAGCAUUAACAAACGUCUUCCAAGGUUGCAAGUUCAGCCAUCAGCCCAUCAGGUCAGUCACUUGUUGAGACAGUAACAAUCAGUUCAUCUGUGUUGCACAGUGAUCAAACCUCGGGUGCAGGAUUUAUUUACGAGACUUGUCGAUUCGUCCCAUUUCGAAAAAAAAAACUUUCCAUUCCCCCCCUUGAGAAAAAAAGACGAAUCCUGCACCGUUUUCCUUUAUCUUUAUUUAUCCAAGUCGCUCUAUUUUCCACUGAUAGGAAAAUAGCACUGCGACGCCGUUUAACUUACUGAAAACACUGAAGAGACAGAUGUGCUGAAGCAUCACUGCCGAUGUGGAUUUUACGAUGUGUAAAAAAAAAAAGACUCGUGUCUUGCUCACAAAUUAGAGAAUUGUUCAAGGAUGACUUCUAAUAAGAGUAAAACAAAACUAGAUAAAUUGUAGAAAAUGGAAGUUAGGGUGGGAUAGAUGUUUUUAUUCUUUUUAGUUCCAAAAGGUAGUUUUUCGUAGUUCGCUGAAACUGCAUAGUAAAAUGAGUAAUCAUUAGCACAACUGUUUCAUGUAUUUUCUGCCAGAAUCUAACUUCUUAAAUUGCAGUUUCUCACUGUCGAUGAAUAAUGAAUAAUCAAAUGCAAAACCAAAGACUAGGUUUAGGAAACUUAAUUUAGUCUGGCAAAAAGACCAAAGUUUUUUUUUUGUUUUUAUUUCAUUAUUUUCACUUUUUUAUUGUCAGUAUAAAUGUUCAUACGUUAAAAAAAAAAAGAUAUUCACUUAUUGCUGUACCUGGGAUCCAGCAGUAUAUUUCAACAAGUUAGGGGUAAGAUGCACAUACGUGGGCCUUUCAUCUAUCAACAGCAAGUUACAUCAGUGAAUUGGGAAAACUGAUAUCAGCUUUUGCAUUAAGUAAAAGGGAAAAAAAAGGGAAUGACUCUUUCUCCAAGAUUUUCUGCUCCUCCCCCUCACACACAAAAUAUGUGUAUUUUGGAUUCAGACGAAAAAAAUAUAUAGUUUUGAUAUCGUAUUCCUUGAUUUUUUUUUCUGAAACUGCUGUGACUAGAUUUGGUCCCAUAAUCGGCUGAACCAGAUUGUGCCAAGUAAAUAGGUCCGAUAUUUAAACUCAAAAGAAAAAAAAACAUUUUAGUCACAUGUACUUGAAAGAAAAAUACAAACAAACAAACAAAAAGUUAUAGUGAAUAUGUAAUAAAGGCCUUUUUUGAAAUAACGGAGCCUUUCUCUUCUUUUUUCAGGAAAUUAUAUAUAUACAUAUAUAUUUCAUGAAACCACUUCAGAAAUAUCAAAAAUGAUCAGGAUAAAUCUUCGGUUGCUAGUGUACAUUAUAAUAGUAUUUUAGGUUUGCUCAUUUCAUAGCGAAGUCUUCAAGUGUUAACUCCCAAACCAUCACCAAUGAAGUCCCAGUCUUUCCAGAGUAAAUAUUUUUUCUUCGUGUGUGAAUAAAUUGCCAUUGCUUUUAUUAGGUCUUAGUAUAUAUAUAUUUUUUCUUUUUCUUUUUUUUUACUUUUUUAUUACUCUUUUGAGCUGCAUCGUGUAUUUUUGAACAAUUCCCAACGAUCGUUAUCAAUGUGAUUACCUAUUGGAAUAUGGGGAAAUGUUUAUUUUCCUAGUUUUCAGUACAAAUUAUCCAGUAUUAAUAGUUCCAACAUAUGUUUAAAAAAUAAAUAAACAAGUUUGCCUUCUAGAACUAGUUCACAAACAACAUUUCUGAUUUCUCUGAUUUCCGAUUACCGAUUCUUCUUUCACGGGGCAAAAGGAUUUUCAGUGGUGCUAGGGUUAAAUCAAGUGACAAAUAGAAAUGUUAAGAACUCAUUGAAGACACAUGCAUGGCGUUAGGGUGUCCAUCAUUGGCACGCACACAAUAAUAGCAAUUGGGCACAAGUUUCAUAUUCACCAUAUUGCCAUACGGUAUUUAUAGAGCUUUAUUUUCAUGAAGAACGAAUAUUACAAAUAUUAACAGCAGCAGAAUGUCAGUUUAAAAAAAUAAUAAUAAAAGAAAGGUUGCUUUGUACUCUUUUUGACUACUAUACAAAAAGUACUGCAAUUGUGUUCAUAUAGUGUGUAUGUUCUGCUAGAUGCAAAAUGAAAGACUUGACUGAAUGUUUUUUGAUAAUGAAUCAUGGCUAAUCUAUGCCAAAGAUGUAUUAUAGGUAGAGAUUCUAAACUAUAUAAAGACAUUUAUUAUGUAUGAACUUUUAUGUACAGUAUAAUAAUUUUAAUCUUUAUUAUAUACAUACAUAUAUAUUAACACACACACAUAAAUUAAUUGAUACGCGUACAUACACAUAAAAUUAUGUAGACUUGUAUGUACAUGCAGAUUUACACACAUUCACACUCACACACACACUCACACUCGCUCUCUCAUUCACACACAUAUACACACACACACUCACUCUCUUUCACACAC